AUCAUAAUGGACAGCCAGGCUGCAUCACGGCGCCCACCGCGCACACAUUGUCCCCUCCCAAACGAGGUUUUGCAUCUCAUAUUUUCCGAAUUUCUCAUCACGUUAAAUCCCGAUCCCCGCCAAGGUCUCUUUGGCAUCAUCAGAUGGACUCUCGGGCGAUACAGAGAUCUGAGCAAUAUCUGCAAAGCCUCGAAGCAGCUCAACGCAGUCGCCCAGCCUUUGCUGUACCGCUUCUUGCUCACCUUCCCUUAUCAUAAGGGAGUAGACAAGGCGCUCGGUUCGAUGAGUAACCACCCUCAUCUUGGCGAACUGGUCGAGAUCUUUGAUCUGCGCUACACCCUUGACACGCUCAGGUGGGACAGCAGGCAUGGUGAGUGGUUCGAGCAGGCUCGUCCACAUCUCAAGUUGCCACCUGAGCUGGCAGAUCAGAUUGAGUCAGUGCUGUCUGAGACGUUGAAUCACUACACCAUGGAAGCCCGUGACGCCUUGACAGCCUUUUGGCUUUCGCUGAUGCCGAACUUGAGGAAGCUGAGCUUGGCCAUGAUGGAUGAGACUGAGCUCACUUCUGCCUUGUUCAAGCAUGCAGUUGAACCUACGGAAACGGCUUUGACGAGUACCCCACCAUUUUCCUCGCUGCAGGAAGUCACCUUCUCCCAGGCCCCCUACAGGAACGAGCGGUCCAUUCACAUCACUGCUAUCGAGGCGAUGUUCAAGUUGCCCUCGUUGACAACCCUACGCACCACUGGCAUCCCUUGGAACCGACCGGAAAAUGACGAGCCCUUUCUAUUGCCUGACAUUGACUGUUCGCUUCUGCAUCUUGAGUCGAAAUCAUCCACAAUGAGACCCGAGCCUUUGAAGAGCAUCCUGAUGGCAUGCAGGGGGCUGCGAACCUUAAGGCUUGACAUCGGCAUGGAUACCUAUCCUAAUUUCUUCCCUGUCGACUAUGAUUUGGGUACGAUCCUACGAGAUCACGGGGAGAAUCUUGAGAGGAUCAGCCUCGCCUUCCACUUCAAUGGUAGACGAAACCGACUGGGGGAAUGGUUGACUGGCGAAGAAUACCUAACUACAAAGAUAGGCGACCUACGGCGUCUAUCCAAGUUGAAGCACUUUCGCCUAAAUCUGCCUGCUUCUGACGACGGCAUGAACCGAUGGGGCAGACCGCACGGUCCCCGUCCGCCACUGACGGAUCUCACUGAGAUGUUGCCACGUUCAUUGGAAACUGUCGUGCUCCGCUGCGGUUUCUGCGACAAGGAAGCUCUAGUGGAGAAUCUCUCCGGUGUCCAACGAGGUCAAGUUGGAGACAGACUUGACGGAGCUUGGAUGGAGCUGGAAGACGGCGGAAACCACCCAUGA